AUGGCUAUGAAGGUCCACCACCUCUGCCGCUCCCAGUCAGCGAGAGUAGUCUGGCUCUGUGAAGCACUCGGCAUCCCCUACAACCUACAUCCAUACGACAGUAUCAGUCCCAGAGCAAUAUCGCAACCUCCAUUGGCAGGCACAGCACGUAUAAUCACGGAUAGUCCCGUCGUCCUCGCCGAGACAGGCGCAAUCUUCGAAUACAUCCUGACAAAAUAUGGCAAUGGCAAGCUUUCCUGCGCCAACGGUUCCCUGCAACCAGGACUUAUCAAUUUGAUGUUCAGUCGCAUGAACACCGAGGCAAAUCCUGCCGAGGACAUCGGUGCUCAAGUCUCGCAGAAGCGCGUGGAUGUGAACUUCAAGGAAAUGGAUACGCGCCUGGCUGAGUCCCCCUACCUGGCUGGGGAGGAGUUCACAGCUGCUGAUUGCAUGACUGUUUUCUCUUUGACUACUUUGCGGACUUUUGCUCCGUUUGGAUUGGAGUUUUAUCCUCAUAUCGUCAAGUAUCUUGAGCGUAUUUCACAGCGAGCCGGAUAUCAGAGUUUGAUGGCUAAGGCUGAGCCAGGUAUGGAACCUGCUAUUUUGGCUACUGCUCCCCAGGGCAUUCUUGCUUGUUAA